GCAUCGCCAUGGUGGAAGUUAUUGUGGAAUAUGAUUACGAAGCAGUACAACAGGAUGAGCUGACAAUAAGAGUUGGUGAUAUCAUCAGGAACGUGGCAAAACUGGAAGAGGAUGGGUGGUGUGAAGGAGAGUUAAAUGGGAAGAGUGGAUUUUUUCCUGAUAACUUCGUCAAAGAAAUAAAGAAAGAUGGAGAAGCAAAAGAAGAAAAUCUUUUGGUUAAACGAGAGAAAACUGGAAAUGUUGCCAGUCUUGUGCAGCGUAUGAGUACUUAUCGUUUACCGACUGGUGGAAUUCAACCUCAUCCAAAAUCUCUCAGAAAAAGAAAAUCCAAAAAGAGGCAGUGCGAAGUGACGUUUGAUUACAUUCCUCAAAAUGAAGAUGAACUUGAACUUAAACUUGGAGAUGUUGUAGAAAUAAUUGACGAGGAAGAGGAAGGUUGGUGGAGAGGAAUCUUAAAUGAUAAAGUUGGAAUGUUCCCAUCCAAUUUUGUUACGGAGCUGAUGGAUCAGGUUGAAGAUGCAGAAACAAACGAAAUGCAAAAUGAAUUGGAAGUUGGCAUUAAGGAUUUUAUUGGUGUUGGACCCUUAUCACCAACCUCACCUCUAGAAUUUUCAGGAAACGAGAGUCCAGUAGGAACAGGAGCAACUGUCCAACCAAAGAAAGUCCGUGGAGUGGGUUUUGGAGACAUAUUUAAAGAAGGAUCAGUAAAACUAAAAUCACGGUUAUCCAACAGUGAUUCAUUAAUAGAGGAGAAAAAGCCUGAAAAGCAACCAACCUCAGUAAGUACUGCAGAACCAGUGAAAAAAGCGGAACCAGAAAAUAAACAGAAAGUCAAGGAAUAUUGCAAGGCAUUAUUUUCAUAUGAAGCAACAAAUGAUGAUGAGCUCAACAUUACGGAAGGGGAUCAGAUUCUACUGAUACAUAAGGACACAGGCGAUAAAGGAUGGUGGAAAGGAGAAUCAAAUGGAAAGCAGGGACUCUUCCCAGAUAAUUUUGUGGUUUUGGUGUCAGAAACUGAACGAGAGGUUAUUGCUGCUCCCAAAGUUCCUGCAAAAUUGCCUCCAAAACCAGAACACGAUGAUAAACCAAAAAAGCCAUUGGCCCCAGUGAAAAUUGCAGCUUCAAAACCUGAACCUUCACCGGCCGAAAAGAAACACGAUUUAAAGAAGCCACAGCUAGAUAGACCUGAGCCCCUUUCUUCGAAGGUUGAUGAAAAAGAUGAUCACAGGCCUGUUAAAGCAGCUGCUCCAGCAGUACCACCCAAAAAACCAAUUAUUCCACUGAAGGGUAACUCGGCAAUGAGGUUGGCAAUUCCUCCCAAGCGACCAGAGAAACCUCUACUACCGCCUCCUUUAGCCAAAGCAAAUGGAGAGGUGCCUUAUAAUCGACCAAAGUCGGACAUUGAGCCAUCAAUUCUUAGACCAAAACACGAGUCGGAAUCAUCACAUUUUCGACCAAAAUCGAUGGGGAGUGCACUGCUGGAUAAAGCUCUUGAAAUAGAUUUGAUGGGUUUUGACGCUGUGGAAUCUUCAAGUAACAAACUCUCCCACCUUACAACUAGCAGGCCGAAGAUGCCAAGGAGAAGGCCGCCUACUCUUUUUUGUGGCAGUCCUUCAGCUUUGGAUGAAAGUCAUUCGAACAGAAAUUCUAAAGUGAUUGAAGAGGAGGAAGAAGAAGAAGAAGAGAAAGAAGAAGAAGCUGCCAAACCAAAGUCAUCCACCAUCAAUAAAAAGGCUUUGGGCGAGAGUCAUUUUGAAAGAAGUUCUAAAGUGAAAGAAGAAGAAACUGCCAAGCCAAAGCCGAGUAUCAAAAAGUCUUUGGGUGAGAGUCAUUUGGAUAGAAGUUCUAAAGUGAUUGAAGUAGAAGAAACUGCCAAACCAAAGCUGCCCAACAGUAUUAAAAAGCCAACAUUGAAACAAAAUGUUGGCCCAGAGAAUGCUGUUGACGUAAAAGAUGCAGUUGAAGUGGACAAUGAGAACAGAAGUGAUUUGGAAGAUCUUAAGGCACAAAUCACUGAUCUGGUGACUGUUGUUGAGCAGCUCAAGUCCCAGCACAAGAAAGAAUUGAAUGAAUUGAGGAAUGAUUUGGAGGAUGAAAAGAAGAAACGUGCUGCCUUACAGCUGGAGAUAGACAAACUGAAGAAAGCUGUUCAAUCUACGUGAGUCAAGUGGACUCUGAAGAUCUCAUAUGCUGUGUGGGACAGUUUAACUAUGACUCCAUUGUUGCCAGUGACCCGGAAGAACAGUACUUUUGAGCAUCUUUUCCCUUUAUUCUAAUUGUUUAUUUGAAACUCUCAGAUUAUGAUGUACUGAUAUCUUUGUAGAGAUGGGUAUAAUCAAAUGAUGUAAAUUUCUUGCCAAUAAGAAUGAAUGAGGCCUUAUUUACUACUGUGCUGGACUCGCAGAAAACACAUUUGUGAUCAGAGUUUUGGAGUUUGCUCAAUGUACUACUGAAUCUGUAUAAAGGGGUAAGAUGUUUAAUGAUUUUUUUAAUUAUGAAGAUGUAGUUUAAUUUUUUAUGAAUCUAUCCAAUGAUUAUAGUCAUGCACAAAUAUAUAAAAUUAACAUAUUCUGCUAAAUGGGAAAAAGGAGCCUAAUAGAUAUUAGUUUUUUUUCUUGACAGAAAGGGAGGUUAAUUUGCUGUAUACAAUUUUAUUUUAGCUUUCCUACCCAGGGUUAACACUAUUGUGCCUGAAUGAAGUUUGCAGAUGCAAGUAUUAAAUUAAUAUAAAGUAGUAAAAGGGCAAAGGAAUGUAGACUACGGACCAAUUGCAUGUGCACAAUGAAACUACUUUCGUAAAGAAGGUUAUGUUGUUGAUAUGCUCAUUUACACAUUACCUCUAAAAAAGGGAGUUCAUGGCCCUUACAGGUGUUCGAGGGUCUGAGGAAAAUGUGCAAGCACCAGUUCUAUCUUGAUGUCUGUGUUAGUUUUGAUUAAUAGAAUCUGUUAUUUUCUGUCUUGCCUGUGGCCUGUCUUUCUAUUGAUUUAAUGUCUCAGAAGAUGUACAAUAAAUACCUACAUUGUUGAGCUGCUUACAAUUCUGAGGGAGAAAAAAUAUGAUUUGGUUUGCGUUUAGGCAGACAAGUUUUUUUUUAAAUUUCUCUUGAGCUAUCUGCUCCUGCUGAGGUUAAAACCAAGUGCUAUUGAAGACUGAUUUUUACCAGUUCUUUGCUGCAAUAAAACCCGUGAUAAAUGAACAGGAAUGACAAUCAAUUCAAAAUGAAAGUCAUUGUUAUAUUCUUUUUCUUGCUCCUCAUCUUUCUGCAUGAUAAAACAAUGAUAAAAUGCUGUGCAUUGGCAGGUGAGGUUCUCACCUUGCCUUAGCUAUUCAUACUAUUCCACGUCCUGUAAAAUCUUAAGUUUUUAUUUUUAGUGUUUAUCUUAUAAGGAAAUUUUGACUAAUGCAUUCUUUUUAUAAUCUAUGGUUAAUACCUUUACAAUCAAGGAAUUGUUCACAACUUGUUUACCAGUACUGUAUGAGACGCAUGCUUAUUUUAAGUUUGUUUUAACAUCCAAAUAAAAAAUAAUUUGAUAAAA